UCUCGCUCCUUCUUGCAGAAGACCGCGCCGCGGCACGCUCGAGAAAACAGUGUCUCCGAGCUCCGCGACGGAGAGAAUUGCUCUCGCACCCGCUGUCUUGACACCCGCCGGCGCUCUUGGGAUGCAGUUACGGAUGUAGAGAGCGCUUCAUCGGUUGCACCAUGGCCCUCUUCUGGAUCUGGCUCUGCGUUUCGGCAGCCUUGGUUGCGGUCACAUGCGCUGGUCACCACCACACGCGCCACCAACACAGGCGAAGGUCUCAUCCGGGGGACUACAACUACCUCGCAGAUUUUCGACUAAAUGACUCCUCGCGGGCAUCCCUUGCGCCUCAAGCGUCGAUAGCACCUCCGGCGGAACCCGAGCGCGGGCGCUCGGGCGGCCGUCCCUCGACCACGAAGCGUCAGGAGUGGCGUGCCCGGCAGCGUCAGUCCCGCGGACGCCAGCGCAGACGGCCGGACGGCACACGGAGGCACCUCCCCGAGCUGGUGUACAGUUUCGGCAACCAGAUGGCACCCAGCCUGUAUUACCGGGGCAGCGAGUACCGCACCGGGAAGUACUCGGGACACGUGGACGUCUGGACCAUUCCAAGGCAGUCGCCAGUCCACAAGCCGGCGCUCCAGGAGGACAAUCGCAUAGCCAGAGUGGUCAUUGCCCCCGACUACGUGGAGAAGGAGUCUUGCCUGCGCUGCCCGAAGGACCAGACCAUCUUCGUGGAACCGGGCUUCUCCUGCACCCAAGUGCCUAAGCCCAAGCUGCGGCCUUGUGCCAGGUGGACUUCGUUCCCGGACAAGGUCGCCAUGACCGCCACCCUAGGUCCACAGCCAGGAUCGCUGGUCAUGGAGGGCGUCUACGUGAUGCGCUUCACUUUCCAAGCGGGUGCCACGCUUCCCCAGAGCUGUCAGUACCAGCUCCGAGUCAAAGUGCUGCGUUGCCCCCCGCUGACCGCCCCCGACAACGGUGGCCUGCGCUGCAGCCAGGGCCGGCACUGGGGCAGCCGCUGCCGCUUCUUCUGCCUGCGCGGCUUCUCGCUGAGCGAGCGCAGCGUCACUCGCUGCGUGAUCAAGGGCCGCCGAAAGGCGACCUGGACGCCGCACCCGGCUCCCAGGUGCUCAGCUCACCAGAAGGCAACCGACCUACCUCAAGGACCGAGUGCGGUACCAGUGUCGACGGUUACCUCCUCGUCAGACUCCGUUGGAGUCACCCCUUCCCCGUCGACAAGCACAACACCGGGCCUCCGAACGUCCACAACUCGGCCGCCGGCCCGGAAGCGUUGGAAGCAGUUGGCCUGCCGAUGGCCCAAGAGCCGAGAAGGGGCUUGGCUGCGUUGUGACCACGGCCGAUCCUUCAAACGCAGGAUAGUGGCCAAGGAGGGAACACGCUGCCAGGAAAAAUGCUAUUACCCCGAGGAUACCGAAACCGUCCACUUCCAUUGUGUCCAAGGAGCUUGGCGUGGGAGGCGCGACCUGAACUGCACAAACAGAAGACUCGAAGGCUGCCUCCUCCCGGCCACCCCCAAGCACGCCGAGCUCGAGUGUCCCGGAGAAACGCCGAGGGAGCAGCGAGUGUCCCCCGGCGCUGUGUGCCUUUACCGGUGCAAAAAAGACUACGACAUCGUCAUGACAGACCCUUCUCACCGGUCUCUCGAAUGCCUACUCGACGCGUCACAGUGGAACCACACGGUAGCGCCAGUCUGUAAGAAGACGGGAUGUGAGAGCCCGAGCCCGCUGUCCCAUUCAACCCUAGACUGCUCCCAAGGCUUGACCAGCGUGAACACUUUUCCCCCGGGAACGACCUGUGAACACGUGUGUGACGAGGGUUUCACUAUCCCCGGUAGCCAGCUGGGCCUGAGCCAAGUCACUUGCUCCCGAGAUGGAAGCUGGAACCAGACACAAGGACUGCUCUGCGUCGAAAUGGAGGUUCCACAGUUGUCCGAGGGCUGCCGGGACGACACGCUUCUGGUGCACAGUCGCAAUGUGUCUUUCCCAAUUCCCAUCGCCGCGCCCGUCUUCAAAGGGUUCAACGAUAGCAACGCAAUGGUACACUGCAGCAUGGCGGAGUUGAGCGACUAUGGAACGCACACCAACAACUGUACGGCCACAGAUACAGAGUUAGGGACUGUGUCUUGGUGCACGCACAACAUCACAGUGAUCGCUUCCGGAUGCCCGUCGUUCGACAGUGACCCGUACAGCCGAGUUUCCUGUUCGGAGGACCGCAAUGCGACGGAGGACAUGCUGCAUCCAGUGGGCGACGUGUGCGAGUACAUCUGUGAGCUCGGCUACGUGAUUCCGAGAAGCAGGCAAGACUGGGCCGCAAAAGAGUGCAUGCCCAACGGCGCCUGGAGCAAUGACAACUUUCACCUUUGCCAGAGGCAUCAGAACCCACAACUCUCCCGGGGCUGCGAGGAUUACACCGUGGUUGUAGACAAUCUCACCGUGUCCUUUCCUGUCCCCGUCUCCGCGCCUGUGUUCAAAGCGUUCAACGAUACCGAAGCUGCGGUCAACUGCAGCUUGCCUCAAGUGAUCGCUUACGGAACGCACAUGAGCAACUGUACUGCCACAGACGCAGAGCUGGGAACUGUGUCCUCUUGCACCUUCAGUGUCAUUGUGAAGGCUCCCGGAUGUCCACCACUUUCGAGCGACCCCUUCAGCCUUGUGUCUUGCUCAGAAGUUCGCAACGCAACUGAGGACCAAUUUCACCCGGUGGGCGACGUAUGCGAGCACAACUGCCAGCCGGGCUACGUCAUUCCCAAAGGCAAGAAAGAGUGGUCCACGAAAACAUGUCUCUCAAACGGCACCUGGAGCAAUGACAUCACUCAUCUCUGCCAAAAGCAUCAGAACCCACAACUCUCCCGGGGCUGCGAGGACUACACCGUGGUUGUAGACAAUCUCACCGUGUCCUUUCCUGUCCCCGUCUCCACGCCCGUGUUCAAAGCGUUCAACGAUACCGAAGCUGCGGUCAACUGCAGCUUGCCUCAAGUGACCGCCUACGGAACGCACGUCAGUAGCUGCACUGCCACAGACGCAGAGCUGGGAACUGUGUCCUCUUGCACCUUCAGUGUCAUUGUGAAGGCUCCCGGAUGUCCGCCACUUUCGAGCGACCCCUUCAGUCAAGUGUCUUGCUCGGAAGUUCGCGACGCAGCUGACGACCAAUUUCAUCCGGUGGGCGACGUGUGCCAGCACAACUGCCAGCCGGGCUACGUCAUUCCCAAAGGCAGGCAAGAGUGGUCCACAAAAAUAUGUCUGUCCAACGGCACCUGGAGCAAUGACAUCAUCCAUCUCUGCCAAAAGCAUCAGAACCCACAACUCUCCCGGGGCUGCCAGGAUUACACCGUGGUUGUAGACAAUCUCACCGUGUCCUUUCCUGUCCCCGUCUCCACGCCUGUGUUCAAAGCGUUCAACGAUACCGAAGCUGCGGUCAACUGCAGCUUGCCUCAAGUGAUCGCCUACGGAACGCACGUCAGUAGCUGCACUGCCACAGACGCAGAGCUGGGAACUGUGUCCUCUUGCACCUUCAGUGUCAUUGUGGAGGCUCCCGGAUGUCCACCGCUCUCGAGCGACCCCUUCAGCCUAGUGUCUUGCUCGGAAGUUCGCAACGCAGCUGAGGACCGAUUUCAUCCGGUGGGCGACGUGUGCCAGCACAACUGCCAGCCGGGCUACGUCAUUCCCAAAGGCAGGCAAGAGUGGUCCACAAAAAUAUGUCUGUCCAACGGCACCUGGAGCAAUGAUAUCAUUCAUCUCUGCCAAAAGCAGCUUGCCCCGGUGAGAGUGAGCGGCUGCGUGGACAUCGAAGUGGGUACCGACGACCUCAGCAAUGUGACAGUGCCCACACCCGUGUACCGCGGAGGCUCGGGAGAUCCUGUGGAGGUCCUUUGUUCGCCGGGGAAACUAGAUGACUUCGGUGAGCACCGGAUCGAGUGCCGAGCUGAGGACCAGGAGCUCAAGACAUCUGUAUCCUGUACGUUUAAGGUAAUAGUCAAAGGUGAAACUCUUCCCCGCCUCUCUGAGUGGAGCAGUGGUUGUGUAGACGUGGAGCAAGUACACGACUCGUUCCCCGUCGUGCUCAAGACGCCAGAUUUCGUGAGCUCGUCCGGCGACGCUGCCGUGGUGACGUGCACCCCCAGCAGCCUGCACGGUCCCGGCACGUACAACGUCAGCUGUACGGCUAAAGACAAUAAAAGCCAGGCUGAAACCCAAUGCGACUAUGUUGUGAACGCUAGACAGUUCGCGCCGUUCAGGGAGUCCCGGUGUCUAUCGCUCGAAGCUCCUGUAAAUGGCAACAUCAUGUGUAGGAGAAGGGCGGGGCUGGUCACCUGUCGUUUCCGGUGCGCCGACGGCUACACCAUAGCAACAGACGAGUAUCCGCUCUUGUCGAGGGGCUACGUGGAAUGUACGCAAGGCGUCUUGUUCGACUUCCAGGAGGCUUACGGACUCAAACACCUGCCCCAGUGCACACGUCUACCUUCCCCCACAUACUUCGAGGGCAGCAUCAUGUUCUACGUGGGGCUUCCCAACUGCUCCGCCCAGAGCUUGCACGUGGACUUCGUGCCCACGGUGGUCGCCGGCCUGCUAAACCGGACCGGUGACAUCUGCCUUCAAGCCAAGUGCGACAACAUCACUUUCGUCUGCGAGACGUUUCGCAACGUGUCCGAUCCCUCUGUUCACUCCCCCGCCAUGAAGGUCGUCUGGACCAUUCAGGCGAAGCACAACGUCAACUCCGACGACGACGGCGUGCCUCCGGCCGAGGGUCUGAUCGAAGACCUCCAGGUGCUUUCGCACCAAAUCAUCACGUCCGAUGCCGAGUUUUACCGGGAGAUAGCUGAGGUCGGCGGUCAGCUGUGGCAGCAGUCUUUCCAGCAGUCCCAGUUCAGCCUGGUGUGCGGCAACGAAGGUUUCACAAUCGACCACGACUCCGGACACUGUGUUGAGUGCCCCACUGGAACCUUCGAAGAGAACCGUGCCUGCCAUCCGUGUCCCAAAAACCACUACCAGGACGUCGAGGGACAGACGAGCUGCAAACCAUGCCCAAAACACAGCUUCUCUGAGGCGGGAGCCAGGUCCGCCGACAACUGUACAGGCCUCGGCUGGCUCGAAGCGCCUGAACCUGCCAGAGAUGAACCUGCAGUGCGGGUGGGCAGUGAUCGCAGCCCUUGCAAGCCUAACCCCUGCCUGCACCAGGGCGUCUGCUACCUCCAGAAGGAUGGAUUCUCCUGUCUGUGUACCGAAUCUUAUAGAGGCAUCCGCUGCGAGUCGGCGAGGCCAUGAAAGGCAGCGGGGAAACAGGAGGUGUGGCAGCAGAAGAUCCCCGAACCCACGGCAGGUCCUGGACUCUCACGGGGCCCUUCGAAACGACCGGACGGCAGCUAUGGAGAAUAAAUCUCACGGUCAUGGACCGAGAAACGUC